UAUGGCAUCAAGAACAUCUAAUGAAAUAAAAGAAACUUUAAAGCUAGCGAAAAUAGAAGAAUCCGAUUUAAAAUCAUUCAGCCAAACUCUUUACUUUUCCAAAGAGUUUUCGUCCUCAGAAUAUUCUUUAGUUGAACUGCCGCCAGAUGUAGUUCUGGCUUUAAAAAAUCAAGAUGAAGUUUGUAUACGAGGGAGAAAAGACGACAAUGCAAUACUAUGCACCAAAUCCAAUACUUAUACUGUAAAGGAAGCUGAAGUAUCAAAUUCAAUGCUAUUAUCAGACAAUUUAACGUUUCCGGAUGGAUUUAAUAAUUCGAAGGAUGUAAACUAUGUUUCGUUAAACAGUUUAAAUUUUAAUUAUUAUGAAUUAAAAAAGACGGUUGCUAACAAGAGAAGAAUUGAACAAAUUCUCAAGGAUAAUCCAUAUAUUGGUAAAAGCUCUGAAAAAAAUAUGACUAAAUAUACAACAGAAGAUCUUAAGAAAGAGAUACAAGCCAGCGAACGAGAAAUUUUGAAAGGACUUGAAGAUAUAAAAGCCUGCGAAAUCGAAGGAUAUUGGAGAUUAAUUAACAUUGACUACAUUAAGACGAUAUUGGAUGCCAUAAUCAACUUUAAAGAAGAAAAUUCUUGGGAAAUUGAUGAAAUUGACUUUAAUGAGUGUAGCUCUGUUCUAGGUGAAAUUUACCCAUCGACGAUAAUUGAACAUAUUAUUAAAUCAUAUUUAAAAAGAGAAGAUGAAACAAAUCGAUAUACAUUGCGAUCUGAGGAAUUUGUAAAGUUUAUCGCUAUAUACUUAUUAACUAAUGCUGCUGAGUUUAAUCUAAAAGAAUUUUUGACUGUUUGGAAGCAGUUACUUCCUGAAGGAAUAGCAGAUAUGGCAAAAGCUAGUUUACUGAAUGGGAUAGCUUUAGUAAGAGAUCAGGGUAUUCCAAGUAUUUGUUAUUUUCCUAUAAGCAAACUACCUGAGAAAGUUGACGAAAGAUUUUCUGCAUUAUUCCAAAUGAAAGAAAAGUGGAAGUUUGAUGAAAUUUUACCAUAUAUUCGUGAUUUAGAUGACGAUGAAUCUAAAUUAAUAUCAAUUCUAAAUAAGUAUACCAGAUCAAGUCAAGUUGAUGGAGUGAAAAUGUACAGUCACAAGCAUAUUUGA